GGGCCACGGCCGUAGACUUAUUUCACAUCAAUGCUUCCGGUCCAACAUCGGUGCUCAAGAACCCUCGAAAAGCACCAACCAACAACAAAGCCAAAUCUAUCCUUUAUGCUGAAUUCCGUCCUUUGAAUAUUACCAAACAAGGUAAAUUUUGACAAUUGAACUUUGAUCCUCAAAUGGGUUUUCUUUGAAAUCAGAAAAGAGGUACUGGGUCUUGAUUACUUUCUCAGUCUGAACAAGAAAUUUGAAGAUUUGAGAGAUAAAGAAGAGAUUGGCCAUGGCAGUGCCAUGGGGUGUGACCCUUUGGAUGGCAAGGAUGGUGUGGCUGGCUUUGAGUGGUUGGGUCACAUCUUGUUUGACUGUGGCUGAUGAGAUCGCUGGCUCUUUCAGAACUGGUGAUAUUGGUCCUUUUCAUGUUGGUUGAUUGAAGAAUUUGUACAGUCAAUUAAGCCAACUCUCUGGUUUGUCCCUGUGAAUUUUCUGGGUAGUGCUUGAUCUUUUAUUUUCUUUUUGUCCAAUCAAAGUUUGUAUUUAUCUGAUCUGAAGAGUUGAAUGCCUGGAUGAUUUGAAUUCCAAUUAUCCUUGAUGAUUGAUAGUGAUUUGAUUCCAAUUGUUCAA